AUGACAUCGUUUGCAGACUUUGCAGAAGGAAUCGUCGCGCUUCAAGUCGACUAUUACGAGCAAGCCGAAGGUGAAUACAAUCAAGACCCAUUUUCCGUUCGGUACAAAACUCGAAUGAGCACCGAACGAGUGUUUGGUCUGUGCGAAGGUGAGGAUCAGCCCGAGGCGUGGACGAGUCUCCACGCGUCUCAUAGGCUAAAAGCGCUUGCCGUGCAAUUCGAAGAUUCACUCGCUUCGGAGGAAGACAGACAACGCGCACUGUUCCGAAAGCACUGCGAGACCUUGGCUCAAAAGGAGCAGGAACUUGUAGAUAUCCAGUACGCGGAGGAGUCCGGGGACCCUCUAUCAUCUAUUUUAUCCAGCGACCCUCUUAUCAAGAACGCUCUGCUCGAGUAUCGCCGAUAUGGCCUGGCUGAUUUGCGUUACAUAAGCAACGCACAUGUCCUGGCCGUUGUCUGCCCAGUCUCAAAGAAAUGGUUCUUUCCCCAGAAACUGCCCACCCUCGCCGUCCGGCUCCAUCCGUCCUUAUUCUCUUCUGGAGACACCACGGGGUCAAUCGAACAGGACGAAGGUACCCUGUCUCGUUGCCACGUACCCGACGCCCUACGAAUUCCCAAGGACAGGCAACCGCUUUGGUUUUCCAAUCUGCUGACAUUUCACCCGGAAGAACUGCUUCAAAGCACGCCAUGGACAGUUCCCGAUCAAGAAGACUCGACGCGUUCUCCUUUCGAUCCGGUCCAAGAACUCAUACGGGCCAUGGUCGUCACGCGACAGGUAUCUGCGUUUCUGGGACGAGAGGCCAGGUUUCCUACUGAUUCGUAUGCACAAGUGGACAGAUUGCACGCAGCAUUCUAUCAACUCGUGAAGACGCAGUUUGUGGACCCCGCCUUAGAAAAUGCCCGUCAGCGAUUUCAUGCUGGCGAUUGGUCCAACUUCUGUAUGACGGCCUUACAACAUUUGCCGGUUGUUCGACCCUGCAAACAAGACGAGGAAGAGGAGGGCGUGGAGUGCGUACUUACUGGAAAAAGAAAACACCUUCUCCGGGUCACUGUUGUGAGAUGUCCCGUCUUGGAGUGGGAUUGCACCGUUAAGUCAUUUAGAGAUCACAUCAACUGGUUCACGUCUCGGUACACUCGAGGACAACAACGCUGGUGGCAGGUGGCUACUCAGCGGCUUCCAUUCCGCAGUAAUCCUCGAAACGGCUCGCGCCGUAGACGAUUAUCUUCUCUUUCUUCCACAUCGUCGGUUUCUGGGGCACCCGAAAUCAAUAGCCGGCAUCGCGGACGCAGGACGGUUAUUCAGGUCUCCAAUAACUGCCAAGAUGCCGACGACGAUGAUUUCGACGGCUUCCUGGUGGGGCCUUGGACAAACAGUUUGAUCUUACAUCGUUCCGUGGUCGACCUCCUGUGGCAAGCGUGGCGGUUGAGCCAUCUUAACUGGUGGAUCGAUGUCGUUUUCCUUCAGUGGAGAAAAGAUAAAUCAACAUCCCAUUCCACAAACCAAGAGGCUAUUUUCAUCAUCACAAACGCCAUAUUUGCAGCACUAAGCCAAUGCCAGACUUCAACCGGAUCGUGGUAGUGGUCGAUCGCAACCCCUUUGGAUCCACCAAGGGACAAUGGGCACGCAUCUUGGGCGUCCUGAAAAACGACGAGAUUUCUCUGAGAUGGGAUGACUCUUUCAGACAGGCGUCUCGUAAUUUCUGGAAGUGGAACAUUGCUGUGUGUCUGUUUGACCAAGCCAAGAAAGAUGCCGUUCCGGUGGCGCUAUGCGAAAAUGAUCAUCUCGCCCAAAACGUGUCUAGCUUUGUUAGCAUUUCUGCAGCACACCUUCGAGAGGGAGGUUUUUUGCGGUUAGCGCCUUUACCGGACGUGAGACGCAUCGACUACCUCGACGAGCAAGACGACGCUAUUAGAGAAGCACUCGGUGACGCGUCCACCGCUUUACCACAUGUGCGACUGGGGGAACUCAUGGCCGCAGCUCGCAGUGAGUGCUUACGAAGGACCGUGCAGGGAAGCAACGUUACUUUGGCUGUGGUGCGCCGAAUCGUGUCUCGUCUUCUAAGAACAGACGAGGACUCCAUCACGAGAUCAGACGUUACUGAGAAGAGGAAAAGAAAAAAGAAAAAGAAGAACAGCGCCGAACAACGGGAGGAACAAAUGGCAAGGGUUUCCGAAUUUUUCAGAUUGAAGAGUGCGAAGACUUACUUCUUCGAGCAAGUCAAAACGAAGGCUGUCGUCGCUCCAUUUGCGUGUCGUACCUUUGUGCCCAAUUUGGAACGAUUUUAUGCCAGUCGGGGAAACCAUCCAGGUUACCUUAAGACGGUGGCUCGGUACGUAGAUGGGCUACCUCCGUGGGACCGGGCUUUUGUUGAAGAAUGGACAGUUUUGGGGAUCGAGACACCGGCACCAUCCAUGGACGAGCGGAUGGUUUUGUUGCAGUACCCGAACGACAAUGGGAUGGGUUAUUCUUUCGCGGCUUGUGAUUCGGCCGGAUUGGAAAAGUUGAUAUCCGGAACCAAGUCACCCGCAUUCAGUGAAGUCUAUCGUGACGAUCUGGUCCUCACUGCGAUUCCCGUCGACUGGGAUAUGCCUGUCGACAAAGUCAUUGGAUCUACUUGGAACCCGAUGGCCUGGGUCGAGCGCAUCGAACGUGCUGCAGAUGCUGCUUUGCGUCACUUGAUACCGAGUCUCGAUUUUGGCUCUCACAAACGACGAGUCGCGCAGACCCGCAUGUGGAUAUCAGAAGAGAUGAUGGCGAAGGUGACACCGGAAGGAGUAGUCCGAGUCCAGGGACUGGACAAAGUUAGCGUCCACGUAAAUCUCCUUCUUCCCCGCAACGUCAUCAUUUGGAACUACAAGGAUCUACGAGUGGUGUACGAAGAAAUGGAACGCCAAGACGGUGCGCACUCCUCUUGGUAUCUCGACAAAUCGAUCACCAAACUUCGUCUUCCGGCUUGUUUUAAGAGGCGACAAGACGGUUCCUAUGUCCAUCGCCUGGUUCCUUGGCGCGGUACUCCUGCCGAUGUCUUUGGUGCACUCGUGCAUGCCAGACACGACGUGCCACCAUGGGAAGGUAUCGACAUGGCAGUCUUCAGGUCAACUUUAUCUAAACAAGCUCCUGGGAUUACGGGAUACAACAUAAAAACUGUUGCUAACGAAUGCGACGUGAACUUCAACGAAGCUAUAGAAGCCAUUCGUCUCGCUUUGUCUAGUACAAGGGAAACUGUUUCGGUGGAAUUAGCACCGGCCUCGCGGCCGCCUUUCGUCGCUGUACGAAGGCGUAAGGAGGGAAACUGGUGUGUCAUUAAAGGAAACACACAUGGCCAUGCUACGAUGUAUUUCGUGAUCGACAAUCGAGCGCGUGCGUGGAUUCACUGUCACAACGACAAAUGCAAGACCAAGCGUUUAAAGGCCGCCACAAAACCGUACAUCGACCUCUCGACGGCUCGCAUUUGUGUGCAAGAUUCGUGAUCGCUCUUGGAAAGGUCUUGUAUAAUCUAUUCUCUGCUCGUUUGUGGAUAGCCAUAGCAGUCGUCAUCGUGGUCACGAAUUUGUUAAAAACUCUUCUGUUGCACGUUGGAUUGGUCAUUGGUGAUGUGGCAGAGUUCAUCAACGAAAUCGUGGCUGUUGUGUUUGAGGUUGUUAACGCCGUCGCCAACGAGGCGUCAAAGGUAGGACACGGUUUCAAGGAUUUUUUUACCGGCCACUUUAAACGACUCUCACACGAAGGAGACUACGCUACUCGAACUCACCUGACAGUACCCCCGAUCCUGUCUCAACUGGCUAGUCUCAAGGACCACAUCGACGAUACAAAGGAAUCACCGGUCGGGCAACCUUUGGCCGAACUGAUCCGACUGCUUGCGCGCGUACGGGUAUGUCCUAGUCUUGCGUACUUUCGGACUAUAUCCCUUUCGAGAUGGAUCAUCAACGGUUUGGUCGAUGCCUUGUUGCCGGGUUUGUGCGAAAACAAGGUAUCGAGAGCCAUACAAGUGAUGCUGUUUCUCUUCGAUGGUCUUCCGAGACUUUUGGGUUGGAUAGGUUCAACCGGCGUCCUGUUAUGGCUCAUUCUGAUCGAAGGUUGGCCUUUGAUCGAAUGGGGUCUUCUGGUCUUAUUUGAGGUCACCGUCUUUGCUUGGAUCAAGGUUCGAGAUUCACUUCGCUUUCUGGAAAAUCCAUCAGAUAAACAGAACGGCUGGAUUAGCUAUAGCAAACCUUUGAGAUGA